AUGCGUUCAGCUAAAAAAGCCAAAUAUAUUGAAUCGAAUAUAAUACCACAUUUGAUUACUACACGUUUUAUGACACGUCUUGGUCUACGUACUGAACGUAUUUUAAGUUCAUUAUUUCCUAAUGAAAGUCGUUUACCGCCACAACCACAUAGUAGAACAAUCGUUUUUCAUAAUCAAAGAGAUUAUAUCUUUUUUCGACAUUAUCGUUAUAUACAUCGUGAUACAACUGAUGUUCAUAACGAUGAUGAUAAUGAAAAUGAAGGUAAACAUAAUACAGAACAUAUCGCAAUGAAUGAAGUUGGACCAAAAUUCACAUUGAAAUUACGUUCAAUUCAACUAGGUACUUUCGAUAGUCAAUAUGGUAAUUAUGAAUGGGUUCGUAAACGAACAGAAAUUGGUAGAAGUCGGCGAACAUUUAUCUUAUAG